GUCAAUUUAAAAGUCUUAGUAACUGAAGUAGAACGAAGGUGAAAUUGGUCUUAAUUUUUGAGGAUGUUAAAUUGAACAGUUCUGUAUAAUUAUAUUACACUGUGUAACCUUCGUAACUUGUGUAACUUUUAAAAAUCAUAUCGGUUUUUUGGAGGAAAUGGUUCCUUCACCACGUCCAUUUCUUCCUUCACCAAUUCAAGUACCUGAUGCUCUUGCGACACUCUUUCAUCUUUCAGCAAAAGCAACCACGAGUAUAGAACCAACAAAUGUGACAUCAACAACGGGCAAAAUUAAGACAACAAGGACCACACCAGUAAAGACUACCACAGCCUCAUCGAGAACCACAACCAGUGGUGGGACAUCCAAGACGACCCCAAGAACAACUGCGACCAGUCCAACGAUGACUACGCUGAGAAGCACUACUCCCACUCCGGCUACAUCCUCGAAUGAGACAACAGAAACUUCAGCUGUACGAAGCACAUCAACCAUUGAUACAAACUCGAGUGACGCAGCAACAUCGACAGUGAGAAGCACACCCUUUCUGGAUACAACUUCACCAACAGGGAGCAACAACAUCUCAAGUAUGAGUGAGACAGCAAGACCUUCUUCGCCAGUGACAAUCACUCCUACCCUGGUUUCAACUUUGAGUUUCACAACACCAACUUCACCAGGAACGAGUACUACAUUGGCACCCGCAAGGUUCACAAAUGGGACAACAACAACUUUGUCGGAAGCAAGCGUAACUUCACCAGCAACAAACACCCUGUCACCUGCAUCACUUGUAGGUGGGACAACUUCACCAGGAACAAGCACAAUGACACCCACGUUGUUAACGAGUGAAGCAACAACUUCACUAGGAACAAGAGCAGUGACACCCACGUCGUUAAUGAGCAAAACAACAACUUUACCAGGAACAAGCGCACUGUCACCCACGUCGUUAAUGAGUGAAACAACUUCACCAGGAACAAGUGCACAGACACCCUCGUCAUUAACGACUGAAACAACAAUUUCACCAGGAACAAGCACAAUGACACCCACGUUAUUAACGAGUGAAACACCAACUUCACCAGGAACAAGCGCACUGACACCCAUGUCGUUAACGAGUGAAACAACAACUUCACCAGGAACAAGUGCACUGACACCCACAUUGUUAACAAGUGAAACAACAACUUCACCAGUAACAAGCACACUGACACCCACGUCGUUAACGAGUGAAAGAACAACUUCACCAGGAACAAGCGCAGUGACCCCCACGUCGUUAACGAGCAAAACAACAACUUCAUCAGGAACAAGUGCACUGACACCCACGUUGUUAACAAGUGAAACAACAACUUCACCAGUAACAAGCGCACUGACACCCACGUCGUUAACGAGUCAAACAACAACUUCACCAGGAACAAGCGCACUGACACCCAUGUCGUUAAUGAGCGAAACAACAACUUCACCAGGAACAAGUGCACUGACACCCACAUCGUUAACGAGUGAAACAACAACUUCACCAGGAACAAGUGCACUGACAAUCACGUUGUUAAAGAGUGAAACAACAACUUCACCAGGAACAAGUACACUGACACCCACGCUGUUAACGAGCGAAACAACAACUUCACCAGGAACAAGCGCUGUGACACCCAUGUUGUUAACGAGUGAAACAACAACUUCACCAGGAACAAGCACUGUGACACCCACAUUGUUAACAAGCGAAACAACAACUUCACCAGGAACAAGCGCUGUGACAGCCACAUUGUUAACGAGUGAAACAACAACUUCACCAGGAACAAGUGCUUGUGAGAAACAACAACCUCACGCUGUAACAGAGUUCGAAACAACAACUUCACCAGGAACAAGCGCUGUGACAGCCACAUUGUUAACGAGUGAAACAACAACUUCACCAGGAACAAGCACUGUGCCAGCCACGUUGUUAACAAGCGAAACAACAACUUCACCAGGAACAAGCGCUGUGACACCCACAUUGUUAACGAGUGAAACAACAACUUCACCAGGAACAAGUGCACUAACACCCACGUUGUUAACAAGUGAAACAACAACUUCACCAGUAACAAGCGCACUAACACCCACGUUGUUAACAAGCGAAACAACAACUUCACCAGGAACAAGCGCAGUGACACCCAUGUCGUUAACGAGCGAAACAACAACUUCACCAGGAACAAGUGCACUGACACCCACGUUGUUAACAAGUGAAACAACAACUUCACCAGUAACAAGCGCACUAACACCCACGUUGAUAACGAGCGAAACAACAACUUCACCAAACCCAAGCGGCAGUGAUGUCGUUAACGAGCGAAACAACAACUUCCACCAGGAACAGUGCCACUGCAACAACGUUUGUUGA